AUGUACACGGAUGAGUUUCCACAGCAACAAAACGUCCUCGAAAAGGCGGGGCACCUCGAGAACAAGGCCGCAUGGCACCAAGAAAAACGUCUGAUGCAUGACUCGUGCUUCUCAUCUGAAGAAGUUUGGGCUGCCGGAGAGUUUUGUGUGCCGGCUCCCGCCUAUUCUUAUGGUACGACAAAGUCUUCCUUGGAUUGGCUGGCGGGGGAGCACCAAGGCCUUGUGCUGGACGCGAGUCAAGCUGCUGUUAGAGGCGACACACGGCGACAUGAACGCAGUAAAGCUUUACCUCCACUACUGGGCAACCCACCGCAGUGCCUCAUGUCGUCUUCUAUUCAGUCUGAGGUGCUCAUAGAGCAUUCUGCAGAGCAUGGACAAAGUUCCCGCGAGGCAACAAGGGCAGAAGAUGCAGUGCUAGAAGAAGAAAUGGUUGUGAGGGUAAUGCAGGUGGCUUCGGACGGGAGAGGGGUCUCGCUUGAUGCCUCGGAAAGCAACAUCGAUGACGAUCGACAAGAACAGUCUGCCCCAUCAUUAUCAUCAUUGAUGAUUCUAUCGGCAAAAUUAGGGGGUGAAAGUUUGUCUCGGAGAAGCGAUUAUCUCAGCGACAACACUGUGGACAGCUCUAUCGUUUUGGACAUCGAGGGCGAGUUCCUGCCCCUUGACAAUGAAAUCUCCAUACCGCUUUCUUCCACAACAACAAAGAUAUCGCCGCCACCGCCAUCACAAUCACAGGAGGAGAAUAACCACGCAUCGCACAGAAUGACGGACUUCGCUGAUGGGAUCCGCAUGUUGAACGCCGACAUUGCCCUGCAGCUGCCGCCAAUUGUGAGUUUCCCUCGCGCGGAAAAAGAGGCCUCCUUUUCUGUCACAGAGCUCGGGGAUCUUGAGGAAAAGCAACCACUUACGGCGUCUCAUGCUGAGAAGAUGGGGGGCCGAAACGGGAAGACACCAAUGCCAUCACCAUUACCGUCGCCGUUACGGCCCCAAGAGGAAAAGCAGUUCCGCAGUGAACAUGCUACGGCCCCAGUGGCGCAUGCUGUUGUAGCAUCGCUUCAGCCUUUGCUGGCGGCUGAGAGGAAACUAUCCUCACAGCAGCCUCGAUAUUUUGAUCAUUACGUGCGUCAGGCUCAGGCGAAGCGGACAAAGCGGGCUGAGGAGAAACGUCAACAGCGGCUCAAGGAGGCGGAGGAAAGGAGGCACACCCCGCAGCUCUCCCUGCUCGCGGAGCGGCGCGGCUUACGUUCUAUGGGUGAGUACAUCGAGGACUCCCGGGUGUGGGAGCAGCGGCGUGCCGACCACGUGAAUUCCGUUGCGGCGCAACUUGAGGUUGCCGAAGAGGAAGAGCGUUGUGCUGCGGUGAUAGCCAACGCGACAUCAGAGCGCAUUGUGAAGGAAAUGGAGGAACGAAAGACACGUGCCGGGGUGGUGGAAGGUGCGAUGCAACACCCGGCAGCCCGCCAGUUUUUGCUGAAACGACUGCAGGAAAAGUAUACCUCGAGCUUUAAGCCGAUCACCACGCCUACGGCGGAGCGACAAAUGACAGCUGAAAGUCAAGCACACCAAGAAGGUGGGAAUAAUUUAUUGGUGAAGGAAUUGUUUAGCCGUUUUAUGUGUUACCGCGAAGAAAGCGAGAAGAGGCGGGAACGACUUCUACAACGUGAGGCGGAGCAGCAGGUGGCACCACCGAAAAAGAGACGUACCAUGACGCAUGUCAAGGAAUACGCGCGUUCAAUGUGGGAACAAGACGAAAAGAGGCAUGACAAAUUGAGGCGACAGGCAGAGAGGGAGCGGGAGGAGGAGGAGGAGCGUAUGCGGGCCAUGCAGCCGCAGGUAAUUUGGCGGCCCUCCAAGCUUGUGGAGCGUUUCCGCCAACGGCAACGCCAACGCGCUGCUGCCACAACGACGUCAACGCCCACCUCCGUUCCGCAUGUGGCGGCCUUCCGUAUAGGUGAAGUGCACCAGCAACCGCAGAGGGCAGCAAGCGGCAAAAUGGGAAGCCCGCCACCAAAGCGACCGACGCCUCCGACAAGCCGCAAGUUGGCGUUUUCCUCCUCAAACUCUCACAGCGAUCAUCAGAAGCCGGUGACACUUGAUCCCAGAGAGACGGUGACGUCUGUCGGCUCACUGGAUUUUGAGGAACGUAACGUGUGGCUCCUACAAAUGCGACAACGACGUGUAGAGUCUCGGCGACGCGAGGUGAAGAAGAAACUCACUGAAACCUGCACCUUUAAGCCACAGGUGAAUCCGGUGUCGCGGAGGAUGGUGGCGUCGUAUUAUCGACAUCAAUGGCGACCGCACGCCUUUCAGCAGACGCCGUUAAGUCGUUUCGGGAGCAAACAGUGGCCCUCCUCCGCUGCUACCACGAGGACCGGCACCAGAAAAGACGUUGACGGGGACUUUGCAACAGCCCGCGGCACACGCGUGGCAAAGGAUGUAGACGAACGUGUCGAGAACAUUUUGCUCCCCCCCGGUGUUGAGGACGAGGAUCGGGGGACGAACGAUGACGAUGAAGACAACUUGGCGGUGCACAUUGAAGUCCUUGAGGCGUUGCUGGCACAAUGGAAGCAGCUGGAGGCGGAGUAUCGUGUUUAA